GCCGGUGUUCCGACACAAUCAUCACACCAGAACACAAACACAGAGCAGAGCAUCACAGCAAGAGGAGUGAUCUGAUCGAGAUGGCCGCCGCCACCAUGGCUCUCACCUCCCGUGCGCUCGUCGGCAAGCCGGCGGCCAGCACCAGGGACGUGUUCGGCGAGGGCCGCAUCACAAUGCGCAAGACCGGUGGCGCCAAGCCGAAGCCCGCGGCGUCCGGCAGCCCGUGGUACGGGCCCGACCGCGUCCUGUACCUCGGCCCGCUCUCCGGCGAGCCCCCGAGCUACCUGACCGGCGAGUUCCCCGGUGACUACGGCUGGGACACCGCCGGGCUCUCGGCCGACCCCGAGACCUUCGCCAAGAACCGCGAGCUGGAGGUCAUCCACUCCCGCUGGGCCAUGCUCGGCGCGCUCGGCUGCGUCUUCCCCGAGCUGCUCGCCCGCAACGGCGUCAAGUUCGGCGAGGCCGUCUGGUUCAAGGCGGGUUCCCAGAUCUUCAGCGAGGGCGGCCUUGACUACCUCGGCAACCCGAGCCUGAUCCAUGCGCAGAGCAUCCUCGCCAUCUGGGCCUGCCAGGUCGUGCUCAUGGGCGCCGUCGAGGGGUACCGCAUUGCCGGCGGCCCGCUCGGCGAGGUCGUCGACCCGCUCUACCCCGGCGGCAGCUUCGACCCGCUGGGGCUCGCCGACGACCCCGAGGCCUUCGCCGAGCUCAAGGUCAAGGAGCUCAAGAACGGCCGCCUCGCCAUGUUCUCCAUGUUCGGGUUCUUCGUGCAGGCCAUCGUCACCGGCAAGGGGCCCCUGGAGAACCUCGCCGACCACCUCGCCGACCCCGUCAACAACAACGCCUGGGCCUACGCCACCAACUUCGUCCCCGGCAAGUGAGUGAGCGAGGAUGGGCAUGGGUGGAUGACGCGCACGGCGAGGUGAAGCGACCGGCCGGGGGUGGGGUCGCCGUAGACGUAUGUAUUCGUAUGUACUGCAACGUGUACGAGUAUUUGUGAAGGAAGGAAGCCUGGGACCACAGGUUGUUGUACCAGUAGUGUAUUUGUACGCAUGUUCUGGACCGGAUCAAUGAAAUAUGCACCUCGUUGUAAAUAAAUUUUAUAAUUAGUAGUAUGUUUUUACUGAAUAUUUA